GCUCCUCUUCUCUCUCUCUCUCUCUCUCUCUCUCUCGGAAGAGCCAUCAUCUAGUUGUUCCCCGUGAAUCGGUUCUCCGUGGUUUUCCAGCUACACACACACACACACACACACACACACACGGGCGCGCGUCAUGGCGCACGUCGCGCACCUGUUCGUGGCGCUGGCGUGGAUUAUUUGGGCGCACGGAUCUGUGUGCAGCGGGGGCGCGAGCGCCGGGGUCGGCGUGUUGAACCGGAGGCACGAGCAUCACCGCCUCCUCGCUGAGGGUCCGGAGGAGGAGGAGGAGGAGAGCGGAGCGGCGCCGGAUGCACCGCGGAGGCUCGCCAGGUCGCCAAGAGCGGCGUCUCUACUGAGCAGCUCGUUCGUGCUGAAAGGAGACGCGGCGCACAACCAGGCGAUGGUUCACUGGACUGGAGAGAACAGCAGCGUCAUCCUCAUCCUGACCAGAUAUUACCAUGCGGAUUCCAGCAAAGUGCUCGAGAGCUCCCUCUGGAGGUCCAGUGAUUAUGGAACCACCUACACCAAACUGAACCUGAUGCCUGGAACCACCAUCAUCGUCACCAACUUCUACAUCUGCCCCAGUAACAAGAGGAAGGUGAUCCUGAUCAGCUCCACCAUUAACGAACAGGAUCAGAUGCUGUUCAUCAGCACAGAUGAGGGAGCGUCGUUCCAGAGACAGGCAUUGUCCUUCACCGUAGAGACACUCCUGUUCCAUCCGUCAGACGAGGACAAACUCCUGGCUUACAGCAAAGAGGCCGUGGUCUAUGUGUCCACUGAUCUGGGGAGGAAAUGGACACUGCUGCAGGAACGAGUGACCAAAGACCGAGUUUUCUGGUCCGUGGCCGGGGUGGAUGUGGACCCUGAUUUGGUUCAUAUGGAGAUACAAGACACUAGUGGAGGUUACCUGUAUGUGACGUGCCUGAUACAGAACUGCUCGGAUAAGAUGGUGACGGCUCAGUUUCUGGGUAAAAUCGACCAAAAUUCGCUCUCGGUGCAGAAUGACUACGUGUUUGUGAAGGUUACCAUGGCUAAUCGUACAAAGUGCUAUGUAUCAUAUCGAAGGCACGAGUUUGUGCAGAUGCGCUUGCCAAAGUUUUCCCUGCCCAAGGACGUGCAGAUUGUGAGCACGGAUGAGAACCAGGUGCUGCUGGCCCUGCAGGAAUGGUACCAGACGGACACGUAUAACCUGUACGCAUCAGACCAGCAGGGCAUAUAUUACUCCAUCUUGUUGGAGAACGUGCGCAGCACCAAGCAGCCUGAGGAGAACGUCAUCAUCGAUGUGCUGGAGGUGCGUGGCAUCAAAGGUGUCUUCUUAGCCAAUCAGAAAAUAGAUGGCAAAGUCAGGACUCUCAUUACCUAUAACAAAGGUCGGGAUUGGGAGCUGCUAGCUCCGCCCACUGCUGACAUGAACGGCAAACCGUUAACCUGCAAACAGCCAGACUGUCACCUUCACCUCCACCUGAGAUGGGCUGAUAACCCGUACGUUUCUGGGACGGUCCACACUAAAGACUCCGCCCCCGGCCUCAUCAUGGGAGCAGGCAAUCUUGGCUCUCAGUUGGUUGAAUAUAAAGAGGAAAUGUACAUCACCAAUGACUGUGGAAAGACCUGGAGACAGGUGUUUGAAGAGGAGCACCACAUCCUGUAUCUGGAUCAUGGUGGCGUCAUCGUGGCCAUCAAAGACACGUCCAUCCCAUUAAAGAUCCUCAAGUUCAGUGUGGACGAAGGGCAUACAUGGAGCAUCCACAAUUUCACCAGCACGUCGGUGUUUGUAGACGGCUUGCUGAGUGAACCUGGAGAUGAGACCCUGGUUAUGACUGUGUUUGGUCACAUUAGCUAUCGUUCAGACUGGGAGCUGGUGAAGGUGGAUUUCCGUCAGUCUUUCCCCCACCAGUGCAACGAGGAUGACUACGACUCGUGGAAACUCACUAACCUACAGGGAGAGCGUUGCAUCAUGGGACAGGAGCGAACGUACAGAAGAAGAAAGGAGUCUUCUCUGUGCAUUAAAGGGAAGAGCUACACGUCGGUGCUAACGGCUAAACCCUGCCAGUGCACGGAGAAAGAUUUCAGCUGUGAUUAUGGAUUUGAGCACAGCCCAAAAGCAGACGGUGAUCGCUGUUACCACAACUUCUGGCACGAUCCUGAAGCUCCACCCGAAAACUGCCAUUUGGGACACACCUACCAGACCAGCACAGGUUACCGUAAGCUCAUCUCAAACAUGUGUGAAGGUGGACUGAAUAAAGCAGACAGUGGGAAGCAGCACGCCUGCCCUCUGAUGCCCCCUAGAGGCCUAGAGCUGGGCAUCAAGGGGCAGAUGCUUACUGUGGCGCCUGGUGAUGACAUCACCUUCAUCGUCCAUCAGGAGCAGGGUGACACGAGCAGUACCCGGUACCAGGUGGACCUCUCUGAUGGCGUUCGGGCGAUUUAUCAGAACUUAACAGUGACAGAUGAACCGAUCCAGCAUCGUUACGAGAAGCCGGGUUUCUAUCGGGUCAGCGUGAAGGCAGAGAACGCAGCCGGUCAUGAUCAGGCAACGUUGUACAUCCGGGUCACAUUGCCGCUACAGGAAGUCCAUCUGGAAGUGGUGCCCAUUGCAGGAAGGAAACAGGAAGUCAACCUGACUGCUAUGGUUCUCCCUGAGGACUCGAACCUCACUGUCUACUACUGGUGGAUCGGUGACGAGCUGCAGCCAAGGCUGACUCUGGAGAACAGCGUUCUCACCAGUUUUUCUGAAGAAGGUGAGAUCUCUGUCACGGUUCAGGCGUCUAACGGACGCUCUACGGUGCAGGACAGCAAAAUCGUACGCGUUUACGAUCAUUUCCAGGUCAUUCCGCUUAGCUUCAGUCCGAACUUGGAUCGCUUCAACCCGAACGUCCCGGAGUGGAGAGAGGACGUGGGACAUGUGGUCACUAAGAUGCUGGCUAAGAUCACAGGACUUCCUCAGGAGUCGAUGGUUACCAUGGUGAAGCCCGGGCUGCCAACCAGGGCUGACUUAUACAUGCUGCCCACAGAGGACACACCCACUACGAGGAGUGGAUUUGCAGAUAAGCGUGUGUCCACCAUAAAGCAGGCUCUGAGAGAGAGUAACAUCAGCUUCAUCGUUCGCCGUGGCCUGAGAGUGCUGGUGACUCUGGCAGAUCCUGGCACAGACUCCCGUAUCGGUGCUGCAAGUCCUGGAUUCUGGGCUUUGGCUGGCGUUCUUCUGGUCACCUUCAUCACCACAGGACUCUUCCUCCUCUACAAGUUUAAAAGAAAGCUGCCAGGACGUAACGUCUACGCCCAGAUGCACAAUGAAAAGGAGCAGGAAAUGACCAGCCCCGUCAAUCACAGCGACGACACACAACAUAUCAUCCAGGGGGAGGAGUUUAUCGAUGAUGACCUUGACUCGCAGACACUAGGUAACGGACGAGGUACGAGCACGCUUUCACUGAUACAUCAAAGUAUCAGUGAAAUGGCAACCACUCGGGAGUUGUGCUGAGCAUCACAUCGAGGGAACUGCACGGAUACCUGAGCAGCUGAUGCUCUUUAGCUCUGCCCACCAGAACGGAGGCUGCCUUUAACUCCACACACCUGAAUGGGCAAAGCCUUUUAGGCCACGCCCACCUGUGACCCUAACACGCCCAGACAGGAGGAAAAGUGAAACUGCACAUGUUAACCAUCAGCACAGCAAAACCUCUCUCACCACAACUCUCUCUCCCCAUCUCUUCCUCUCCAUUUUGUCUCUUUAACUAUCUCUGUUCUUUGAUUUAUUAAAUGCUCGGGAGAGAUUAUCACACAGUCCCCUCUCACUCUCUGUCUUCUUUCUUCUGUCCCUCCUUCCUGUCUCUUGGAAUAACGGGACAUCCACAGCACGUACACUUUCACUGAUGCCCAGGGAUCAUUUUUACUUCCUGUAACAUGACUGCUCAGUGCGUUCUGAUUGGUUGCGUCAGAAAGUUUGCUCUGGAAUAUCGAGGGCACGUUUCUAGAUGUCUGUGGUGGCAAUUGUGGUGCGUCAUACUUGGUCUUUUUUUUUUCCUUUAUAAAGUCUCAAAUUUUCAGUUCUUUCUUCCUUAUUUUUCCUCAUCUGUUUGAGUUGUAUAAGUAUCUUUCUCUCAGGCCUCAGUGGUGGUGUGGGCGGUCUGAAGCUGUCACCCAGAUGAUGACUUUUAUGUUUUAUUAUAAAUGGCAGUGGGGCUGUGAUUGUGUUUUGUGUGUAAAUGAGCAGGAUGAGUGGAAUUCAGGACGAGCCAUGUUUAUAGAUUUAUACAGCCAAAGGGACCCAUCAACAACAACACCCCAUCUGUAGUUUCUCUUAUUCUCAUCCAUAUUCUCAGCUUCUGAUGCAAUAAGAAUUCACAGGAAACUGUCCUCUACUGAGUCACAUGGGAGAGAAAGAUCUUCCUCGCUUAGUGCGUUAUAUUCAGGACAAAUGCAGCAGGGGUUUUUGUGGAAAUUGGAAAAAAAAAUUGGAAGAAGGAUGGUGGACAGGGACUAAAGCCAAAAGCCCUCAUAGGAUGUUUGUUUGUUUGUAUUUGUUUGUUUGCUUGCUUGUUUUACAACACUAACAAUAAGCCCUCCCAACACAUAUAGAGUAAUUGUUUGUUUUGUGUUUGUUUGGUUUUGGAAACUAUAACAAAAAACCUAAACUCAAUAAUUUUGUUUGUUUGUUUUGUUUUAGAACACUACAACAAAAAGCCCAACCUAGACAUAUACAUUUUUUUUCCCUGAGUUUGUUUGGUUGUUCUUCUUGUUUGCAGUCUUUUGUUGUGGGAAAUAAGACAAAAAAAAAACAGCUCUCACAAGACGUUUGUUUGUUUGUUUGUUUGUUUGUUUGUUUGUUUGUUUGUUUUAAAACACUUUAACAAAAAGCCCUACCAAGACAUAUACGGUAUUUUUUGUUUGUUUGUUUGUUUAGUUAGUGUUUGUCUCUUUGUUUUAUUACACGACAUGAACAAAAAGCCCUUCCAGGACAUAGACAGUAAUUUAGUUUGUUUGGUUGGUUGGUUGGUUUGUGUUUGUUUAUUUGUUUGUUUUGAAACACUAUAACAAAAAUCCUCACUAAGACAUAUACAAUAAUUCUUUUGGUUUGUUUGGUUGUUCUUGUUUGCAGUCUUUUUUUGUUAUGGGAAUUGUAACAGAAAGCAGCUCCCACAAGAUGUUUGUUUGUUUUUGUUUAUAUUUUACAACACGAUAACAAGAAGCCCUUCUAAGACAUAUAAUCAUAUUUUUAUUUGUUUGGUUUGUGUUUGUUUGCAGUCUUUUGUUAUGGGAACUAUGACAAAAACAACUCU